CAUUAUUUUCCAAGGGUAGUUGCUGCCUACAGGGUGAAAGGCUGUGCGUUCAGUCGGUGUGGUGGGAUCGAAUCGGAAGUAGUGGACAGUGCGUUUGACAUCCUUGGAUUAAAAAGUUUUGUGAUGUGAACUCAUAAAAGCUGUGCGAGAAACACGAAAAUGGAUAGUACAACUUGAAGCUGGAGUCAAUGAUUAGUUGCCAAAAUUAUCCUUGAAGGAUUGAGUGUAAUUUUCAGUACCAUCAGCAGCGCGCCUACUGGACGAGUGGAGGUGACUGAGCCAAGAUGGUUUAUUGGUGCUAUAUUUUGGCAACUGCUCUCGGUGCAUUAGUUGUGCUCUAUGGGCUUCUGGAGAUUCACUACUUCCUACGGAUGUGCCUUUGUGUGUUUCUUGCUCGGUAUAUUAAGAAAAAGUCACACAUUCUUGAUACAACAAAAGUUACGGGUGUUUGUCUUACAAAUGAUAUAGAUACUUUGUUGUAUCAUAUGAAUAAUGCUAGAUACCUUCGGGAAAUCGACUUUGCAAGAGUAGACUUCUACGAACGGACGCACCUCUACAGAACAAUUCUCUCAAAAGGAGGGGGCGUAGUUCAAGGCGCAACCACCAUACGAUAUCGCAGAUUCAUCAGGCCGUUUUCAAUAUUCCGACUCACAUCAAGAAUUGUAUACUGGGACGGACAAUCAAUAUUUAUGGAACAUCGUUUCCUUUCUCCCCGCGACGACUUCAUACAUUGCAUCGCGAUAUGCCGGCAGCGCAUUAUCAAUUGUUCUGUGGAUGAGGUCAUGUCACAAUUGUUAGGUGGAAAUUUAGUAGCGAAUGGAGGUACUUCUACUGAUUUUCACCCAUCGGCGCGGAUAGGCCCCGACUCUUUAGAGAAUGGGGAUGUUAUGACUAAGUUGAAACCAGAGUUGCCAACUGAAAUAGCAAAGUGGAUGGAGUAUAACGAAAUUUCGAGCAAGAAGCUAAGAAGUGGCUGCUGACCAGGAAGCGUAGGAAUACAAAAGGCAGAUUACUCCGACAUGGCACAUUUAGAUCAAUGCAUUGUGUAGUCUAUUAUUUUUCGGAAGGGCUAGUGGGCUGCUGAAAAAAUUUUCUUAUUUUUGGUAGUCUUGUGUUUGAAUUGCUGAUCAGGAAAUUAAUUUUUUAUGGUUGAAUCUGUAAUCUCAGACAAAAAUUUAAAUUUGGAAUUUAAUGUUAAAACGGUUGCUACUUCAUAGCGGUGCCAAUCUUUUUGAGAGCAAUGUUUUCUUGAACUGUCCUCCGUGGAAUUUUAAAUUUGUAGAUGGUCUACUUGAAAGUAUUGGCAGGUCUAUUGCCAAUACUAAGAUUUAUCUAGUUUAAAUUGAUACCAUGGGAAUAGGUUCAUGUGCCUCGCGGCACCCUCCCUUUUCCUGAUGUUUGGUCAGAAUUAACAAAAUAAAUCCAAGCUAAGGAGCUGGGUAACCACAGGUAUUGCUGGAUUGAAUUGAUCAAUUAACCCGAAUUUCAUAAUGUUUCUUGUAAGCAAAAUUUAAAAAAUGAUCACGUUUAAAGAAAUGAAGUUUGAUAUUUUUGCAUUAAUGCUGACAUAAAACUUCUUUUUAUUUAGUUUUGGAAUUAAACUCCAAGUAGCCUAUAUUCUAAUGCCACAAAUACAUUUCGAAAUAACCAAGACGGAGAUUGAGGUCUAAAUCUAAAUCUAGACAAGUUGCUUAAGCUGCCUAAGAUUAGUAAUAUGCUCUUAACCCAAAGAUAUGAAACGUCUAGAAGUCGCACAAUUCGAAUAAACUGCUUAGGCAAACCCACUUCAUGCGGCUAUCACUCAUAUUACAGAUUUGCAAAAAUGGAACGUUUGUGUAUGUUUGUGGUGGGGGUAGAGCCUUUGAGCAUUUAGGUCCUAGUACUUCAUAAAAAAAGCAACACGUUGUAAAAAUUGUGAUGAGUUAGCGGUAGUAGUGGUGAUGUUUUCAAUAACUGACAAUGUUUCAACCAAGAAAACCACCUAGUAGACUUCUGAACAAGUAUACGAAACCAUCGCCGAGGCUAUAUUUUGAACGAAUAUAUUUUUUACUUCUGAUGGUGGCUUCUGUCUAUAGUUUAGAAACAAGUCGGGAAACCGGAAGCUGGACGCUUCAGUUACGAAAGGUUUUGUGCAUUUCUUAGUACGUAGCAUGUAAUAUAUGCAUAUACAAUAUUAUGUGAGAAUAUCCACUUUCG